AUGGGAAGGUUUGCAGAUAACACUACAUUCCAGUCAAAUAUACCCAAAGCUGCUGAUAUUGCUGUUGCAAUAGUUUAUUCUGUAUUUGGAGUUUUCUCUUUGUUUGGAAACAGUAUGCUCCUGUAUGUCUCAUACAAAAAAAAGAAUUUGCUGAAACCGGCAGAGUUUUUCAUCAUCAACCUUGCCAUCAGUGACCUUGGCAUGACUGUGACUUUAUAUCCUCUAGCUAUAACUUCCAGCAUAUCACACAGGUGGCUCUAUGGAAAAACAAUAUGCUUAAUCUAUGCAUUCUGUGGGGUGUUAUUUGGAAUAUGCAGUCUAUCCACACUAACCUUACUUAGCACUGUGUGCUGCAUGAAAGUGUGCUACCCCAUAUACGGGAAUAGAUUUAAUUAUGAUCAUGGACGUUUGCUAAUUGCCUGUGCCUGGGCCUUUGCAAUGGUAUUCGCUUGUUCACCUUUGGCCCACUGGGGUAAUUAUGGGCCUGAACCAUAUGGAACAGCUUGCUGCAUUGACUGGAAAGCCUCUAGCAUGGAGGCUGUCGCAAAGUCAUACACUGUGGCUCUUUUUAUAUUCUGUUUCUUCAUCCCUUGUGGAAUAAUUAUUACUUCUUACACUCAAAUAUUGAUAACUGUGAAAGAAUCCAGAAAAGCAGUGGAAAAGCACAUUUCUGCAGCAACAAGAAUGGGCAAUGUCCAGACCAUCAUUGUUAAGAUCAGUGUUGCAGUUUGCAUUGGGUUCGUCACAGCUUGGACUCCUUAUGCCGUGGUGGCCAUGUGGGCAGCUUUUGGUUGCAUGGACAACAUCCCUCCGAUAGCUUUUGCAGUGCCAGCUGUGUUUGCUAAAUCCUCCACGCUCUAUAAUCCUCUCAUCUACCUAUUGCUGAAGCCUAACUUCAGAAACGUGGUCUGCAAGUAUUUUGGAACGUUUCAGCAGAUGUGUUUGAGGAACUGUUUAUGUGUAAAGACAUUACAGAACUGUAACUACAGAACAGCUGUUGAGGUCAGUUUGAAGUCAUUAAAAAGAAAAAUCGGUUCAAGCACAAACUCUGUGCAAUCUGGACAUGGAUGUACAUACUGUACAUGUGAAAGGUGCAAUGACCCCUUUGAAUGUUUUAAAAACUACCCAAAAAGCUGCCAAGAAAACAUUAACACUCUGCAAUUCACUCCUCAGGAAAGUACUUCACCAGAGCCUAAACAGCAACCAAAAAUGAGACAAACUGCAAAGAAAUCUGUAAGAGUUAUCAUCCGAGGUCAAACAUGUUCAGAACUUGACAGUUUGGAGAUAACUUUAGAAACAGUGCCAGUACAUGCAAUAGCUGUUAUGCCAUAAGGUUGUUUUUGACAGUUUUUUCAGUGAUAUUUAUUUAUUAUUACCGCAUUCCUUCAAAUUUAAGACACACUUUUUAAACCAUUUUUUUGUUCUCAAAAAUGGCCUGCCUCUUAAAUUUGAGUAUAAUGAUGUGUGUAUUAAAAUCUGCAACAAAAGAUAUGAUUUGACAGCAACGUGACUGGCUGCUGAGAAAAGAUGAACAAAGACGUCACUGCCCGAUCUCCAUGACAUAUAGGCAGCCAUUUUCAAAGAAGCAUCAUUAGUUUCCUGAGGAAUUUGAGGAGAAGCUUGUACAAUUCCAGCGUUUCAUUAUUAGGCUCUGUUCUAACAAAACAGUAUCAGCUUGGACAGAUCGGAAUCCCAAGCAAUACUGUACCACUGUUAUCAAAUUGGAAGAAAAACAGGUGCGAGAAAUCAUGACUGGAAAUGAGAAGCAGCACAUAACUGUAAUGCUCUGUGCGACAUCAGACAGCCGCAAACUGCUUCCAUAUGCGUAACUGAGGUUGUGUAUUUUUAAAUGCAUAUUUAUUUGAUGUUUUUAUUUUUUUCUCAAACUGAGGGUGGGAAAUUUGGGCUGCGUCUUAAA